GCUCCGUUUUUCAAACGUCCGGGACGUUUUCGGCGCGACAAGCCGCCAUUUUGUUUAAUCGUGUACAAAUGCCACUGCGGCUCCGGAGCGCGGCGCCGGGUCCGUGUUUUCCCGCCGCCCGCGUGAGCUCGCAGGGAGCAGUGGGGAAAACAAACAGGUCGAACGCAGGAAGAUCGGUCGCCGGUUGGACGUGGAGGUUGUUGAGCGGUGAAUGAAUCGCGUUUGCGCUCUUCGCUUUUGUCGGGUGCCGGGUCCAAGUCCUCCAUCCGCCUUCGGUGCUCCUCCGUGCGGUGCGUUCAGGACGCCGUCGGGAGUUUUCGCCCUCCGAGUAUGUUGCCGCUUUCUAACAUUUUGUCAGGCCUGUUGGAGCGCGUAGUCUACCCGCUGCGGUUCUGUGCUUUUUUCGACGUUGUUUACCGGCUCUACUUCGACGUUUAAUGGUUUAAACCCGCCGCUUCGUCCGCUCUGAAUUCGGCGAGCCACUUUUGGACAUGCAUACGCGGCGUUUGGUGAAGCGCUCGAUCCUCGGCAGCCGCGUUUACGCGCCGAGUCCGACGGGGGACGGAGCCCCGGUGACAGGAGUGGUCCAGGCUGUCAAGCAGGAAAACCGGGACGCGUCGGCCGCGGGAGCCCGGCGCAGCGUCUACACCGUGCUCAUGCAAGACGGCAGCCUGAAGGAGUUCUCCGAGGAGGAGAUAGCGGCGGGCUUCAACCACACCGCAGCCAAAGUGCCGCUCAAGUCGAGCCUGAAGCAGAACUCCAGUAAUGGAGCUCCAGAGAGUCAGAAAGUGGAAGGCGUCUCCCUGAGCCCAGAAACAGUGGAGGAGCAGCGUGGAGUGGAUGGCAAACGUGUUGGCCGUGACCCUGACGCCCGAUCAGUGUCCCUCCUAGAGCAGAAACGCAAAGUGGUCUCGUCCAGCAUUGACGUCCCUCACGCCAGACGGUCAGAGGAGGAAGUGGACAUGGACAAGGUAACGGCUGCCAUGGUACUGACCAGUCUUUCCACCAGUCCUCUGGUCAGGAGUCCACCUGUCAAAGUCAGCGAGGGUCUAAGUGGUUCGUGGAAGGAUAAUGGUUCAACCGGACCGUUCACCCCGUCGAGCAAUAGCUCUUCAGGGGGAUAUUGGAGCUGGUCUGCUCCCAGCGACCAGUCCAACCCCUCUACUCCGUCCCCUCCUCUCUCUGCUGACAGCUUCAAGCCGUUCCGUGUUCCCAGUCUGGGCGGUGUCGGGUCUGGCCCUGCAGGGCUUGAAGACCCCAGCCUGGAGGAACAGGACGGCAGCAGCCUGCUCUUUGAUGAGCCCAUCCCUCGCAAGCGCAAGAACUCUAUGAAGGUGAUGUUCAAGUGCCUGUGGAAGAACUGUGGCAAGGUGCUGAGCACUGCUGCUGGCAUCCAGAGACACAUCCGCACCAUCCACCUGGGGCGUAACUGCGACUCAGACUGCAGCGACGGCGAGGAGGACUUCUACUACACAGAGAUCAAGCUUAACACUGAUUCGGUGGCUGAGGGACUCAGCAGCCUGUCCCCUGUUUCACCCUCUGUCCUCUCUCCCCCCCCUCCUCCUCCUCCUCCUUCUCCACUUCCUUCUCUGACCCAGCUGUCAGACUCCCACCGACCGCCGCCGUCCACUGACAGCAAGGAGCCUCAUGCCGGCGGCACCACCCCGCUUAGCCGCUCAGCUCCCAGUGCUCUCUACCUCAUCCACACGGACCAUGCCUACCAGGCAACUGCUCCGGUGUCUAUUCCGUCCAGCAGCAGCAACUCGACCAGCUUAGCCUCCACCAGCUUCACUCCCACCAACAGCUCCAGCUUCAGCAUCUCCUGGCAGUCACCACCUGUCACUUUCACCGGGAACACAGUGUCUCCCAGUAAAAGCCAAGGCUUUGGUGAACAGCGUUCCCAGACCAUAGCCGUGCUCUCAUCUCCUCCCAGAGCCACCACCGCCCUCAGCCGUAAGGUCCGUGGCGAGGGGAAGAAGUGCCGUAAGGUGUAUGGGAUGGAAAACCGUGACAUGUGGUGCACUGCCUGCCGCUGGAAAAAGGCCUGCCAGAGAUUUACCGACUGAGCGUACCUUGCCAACACAGCGCCACGACACACCGACAGGCACUGCUGCCAUUCGCCAGAGAAGGGGGGGGGCGUCCUUGUGCAUGCAUUUGGUUUCUUCAGCUCAAAUUUGCAACCUGCUCCCCUUAGCUCCACUGAACCAGUCCACAUGUGGAAGAAACAGUAGGAUGGUGGACUCACCCUUUAUAUUGCCGUCCAGGAUUCCUAAUACUGCAUCAUCAUUCCCAUCACUCCCAGUUAUGGGAACCCCAGUGCAGCUAAACAGUGUAAAAAUAAUAAUCUGCCGUUUUUCAUGUUUGGUUCAAUGUUGCAUCUUUCUAUGUUUUGUAAAGCUCUGGUUUUUAAAUGGAGAGUCUAGUCUCACAAAGGACCCAGGCAAAAGCUUUUUUGUAUGUUUUGUCAGAAGAGAACAAAUCAUCUUGUUUUUCUUCUAAAGAAGAAAGGAUCUCUUUGCUCUCGUUUCUGAAAAACGGUCUGAAAUAGCAUUGAGGUAGAGCCUGUUUUUCGUUCUUCCUUCAACUUUUUCAUCUCCCAUUUAAUUUCUGGACUUCUUGAGAAGGUCUUUUAUCCUCAGCAUCCCAGCUUGUCCCAGUCUUUCCCCUGCCAUCCACUCCUGACUGCCCCAAGGGAUUGUAGGGCAGCGUCAGGGAGGGCAGGCUGAAAGGCGGCGAGAAAAGGAGAAAGUGUGACGCUCACCAGGUGAAUGAUCAAUGCAAAAAAACAAUACACUUCACAGUCAGGGAAAGCAGAUGGACCGAGUCAGCAAUGUACAACAUGAAACCACAGCCGCAUAGCCGCAUUCACACAAACACAAUCACAAGAGAGGAUGGAAACUAUUUUUAUGUCUCUUUUUGUAUCCGGUUGAUUCUGUUUUCGUUUCAUCAGGGAUGUGUCUCUAAGGAAAGCAAAAACCAGCAGCUCAAUCUUGGGGUUAUAAUGUAAACAGCACUAUAUCAACAGCUUCUCUCUUUCAUUACACAUGACAACUUUGCAACCAAAAACUCUUUCUUCUGUUCUCUAUUUUUUGGGUUCUUGUUGAGGUGCCAUGUUUACUGUUGUUCUUUUUUUAUGGCAAAACCAAGACUGUUCAGUUGCUGAAAACACAAGGACGUGUGUUAAAAAGACCUUCCUAGAGCACUGGAAACAUGACGUCAGCAGAAAACCUUCUCUCCCCACAUACAGAAAGACAAAUUGCCCUCCUCCUCAACCAACCUUUACACUUUCCCAUUGGAAACAAAAGGACUUUAUGUUUACGAACGCCAGAGAGGUGCUUUUGAUGAUCUGGUAAGCGAAGGGGGAGGGACAAAAACCAAAAGUGAGGAACUUGCACUGUAUCCGUGUAACAGAGCACUUACUGUAGAGAGUUGAAAUCUCUAUAAGAAUCUUCCACCAACCUUCUUCACUGGCUUCUAAAAGGAAGCAACAGCAACAACCGAAACACGUUCCAAAAGCGUUCGACCAACCGUAUGUGGAGACGAGUGGAAACAGCAAUUAGCACUUAAUUAGGUCACUUAUUUGUGUUUUAACGUGCACGGCACCUUUAAAUAUUGUACAUGCAAGAAGCUUUGGCUCCAGUUGUCCUUGUGUUCAACACGUGACCCUGUUACUGAUACAGAUAAAGGGUGGGAGUAAUUGUGUAUUUCGUAUGGUUGCAUGCUGAUAUUGACAUCACACACACACACACAUUUCAUAGCAGACUUAUUCCAACCAACACCAGCUAACAUGCUCGCCCAUAUUCAGUACUUCCACACAUGAACGUAGCUCUGCUAUGCUUGCUCAACUGUUCCUGUGAUCAUGUGUAUAUGUACUUAUUAUAUGUUCUCUAAAUUCCAUGUUUAUGACCUAUUACCUCGGUCUCAUUAUGCGCCACCUCACGGACGAGACUGCGUGAGGGAAUAUUGUACCAUUCAACCUAUCAGGUGUCUGUUUUGUUUUUUAAUAUAGCCUUAAAGUCACUCUUUACAAAUCAUUGUGCUUCUGUUAUUACAUCAUGUUUAGUAAGAAAUAUUUAGAUUAUCUCCCAACUGAAUUGCCAUUGUUUUAUGUGAGCAUAUUCUUGUUUAAGAAAAUACAAAUCUAUAUAUAAGGUAAGGAAAAAAACAUGAUGGAAUUUAGAUUCAGAGAGAAACAAGGUGUUAAUUUGGCGGUUCUAUUUUUAUUUUUGACUAUAAAUACUGUUUAUGGAUUUUGUUUUCAUGUUCUGCUGACGGAAAUGUUUGUGGCUCUGUAAAUGUGGGAGGGAGCCCUGGCAUCGCUUCCACUGUUGAUGCUCUUCUCAGUGAGUGUGACCCACACAGUCCCGCCUGGAGCCGCUUCACGCCACGCUCCCCGCUGCUCAGCAGCUCAAAACCACACUUUAUUAAAAUCUUUAUCUUUUUUCCAAUUGUAUUCUCUGCCGGCCCUCUUGCAAUUAGUUUGACUGACAUCUCGGUGUGUCGGCGCCCAUGUGUGAUCACAUGUAUUUGUGUGCGUGUGAAUGUGAAGGAGCCCCAGGCGAAGUAUGUGUGCUACUGAAGCCCCCCCUCUGAGCGCUGUUCUGUCCCGCAGCAGUUAUGCACCCAUGUCUCACCGCCUGUGGCGUUUCCCUGUUAGAGGGUGUGCAGGUCGGGUCCACUGUGGGUUUCAUGGCUCACACACAUACACACUCGAGGGUUAUUGUUGUUGUGGGUCCAGGCCUCAGUGCUUCACAUUCGUUCAUCGGCUGAUCCGGUCGGGUUACGGUCCGGGAACGAGUUGGUGCGGUUGCUCCGAUCACCUUCUAACGUGUGCGUCAGCCCAUCGAGGAACACGUAGACUUGUUCACAGACUGUGGCCCGGCUCAGCUGUGACACAGAGAACAUCUGAGCCCGUUCACUGCCAGCGUUACACACUAGGACGAGUAAAGGUGCUUUCAGAGACUCUGCCGGUCGGUCUUUGCACUCUGCCCGUGUUGGUGCUGUGGCCUCAGUGGGGGACGCGUGGAGGUGCUCUCCACCCGUGGGGGCUGUUCCUCCCUGAAUGAAGCCAUCGCCACUUUGUACACAAUGUUUUGCUGUAGAACAUGAAAAUAAAAACAACCUGCCUCAAGUCUA